AUGGCGAAGCCAAAGGCAACCUCCAUUGUUCUGGUUAUGGUGCUAGUCCUUGCGACGGUGUCCCUGAUCGCGGGGACUAAUGGAUACGCGACUUACUACACUCCAAGCUACUUACCUUCGGCUUGCUACGGGUACCAGGACAUGGGCACGAUGAUCGCGGCGGCGAGCGAAGUCUUCUGGAACGGCGGCGCGGCGUGCGGCGACCGCUACGUGGUCAGCUGCACGGGCGCCACCAACGCCGGCGUGCCGCACCCGUGCACCGGCCGCACCGUCACCGUCCAGAUCGUGGACCUCUGCACCUCUCCCGCCUGCCAGGGCACCAUCGACGUCUCGCAGGAGGCCUUCGCCAUCAUCGCCAACCCGGACGCCGGCAAGGUCCAGAUCGAGUAUAGCCGUGAAGGCCAAAUUGAGCAGAGUAUAUUGGGCCCUGAACUCCUGAUUUGGCCUCGUCACUUUGCAUAG